UCAUCUCUGAUCUCUCCCUACCCCUGCUCCUGCUGGGAUAAGUUGUGUCGGGGUUCUUGUUGACGAUUUUACAACUUUCCAGUUUUAGGCGUCUGCUACAGUUACUGUGCAAAGAAUAUUUUCUACUGCUCGGUAUGGAGUGUGCAUUGCUUCUUAUUUUCUUAAAAAGGAUAUUUUAACUAAAUUUCUCCGUAUGAGAUUAUUUCUUUAUCUUGCUGGCAAGUGCAAUAAUACCCAAAACACAGUCACAGUGGAUCCAUUUACAUCUUAAUCACAUUACUUGAAGACAGCAGUCUGUGAAGACAGUAAACGGAGUAAACACAAACAUUUUUGAUUUUUCUUCUAAUUUUGUUCGGUUCGAGAUAGAAAAUGGCUGGUAGUUCAGAGGAAGAUCAGAAAAAGCUUAAAAGUGGUACUGAAGACUCAGAGGAUGAAAGUGAAAUUUUAGAGGAGAGUCCUUGUGGCCGUUGGCUUAAACGUCGUGAAGUGGUCCAGCAGCGUGAUGUCCCAGGAAUUGACGCUGCUUACCUAGCCAUGGACACUGAGGAAGGAGUUGAAGUGGUGUGGAAUGAAGUUCGUUUUUCUGAGAGGAAAAACUUCAAGGCCCAGGAAGAAAAGAUUUCCCAGGUUUUUGACAACCUCAUAAAACUAGAACAUCCCAACAUUGUCAAGUUCCACAAAUACUGGAUCGACAGUCGUGACGACAAACCUCGAGUGAUAUUCAUCACCGAGUACAUGUCGUCUGGAUCGUUGAAACAGUUUCUGAAGCGAACAAAACGCAAUGUGAAAAAGCCUCCCCUUCAAGCCUGGAAGAGAUGGUGCACACAAAUACUGUCGGCUUUAAGUUUCCUGCAUUCAUGUUCUCCUCCCAUUGUUCAUGGAAACCUAACGUGUGACACUAUUUUCAUUCAGCACAAUGGACUAAUUAAAAUUGGGUCAGUGGCUCCGGAUGCUAUUCACCAACACGUCAAAACAUGUCGCGAAGGCAUGAGAAACACCCAUUUUAUCGCCCCAGAGUUUGGAAUUGCCGGUAUGACACCGGCUGUUGAUAUUUAUUCGUUUGGCAUGUGUGCUCUGGAAAUGGCCACACUGGAAAUUCAGGGUGCAAACGGAGAGACUGGAAGUCUGGUCACUGAAGAACAGGUACAGCGUACCAUCGAGGGAUUGGAGGUACUUAUUCAGAGUGACUUUAUCCGGGCUUGCCUUAAAACUGAGCCGGAGCUACGGCCUACAGCUCGCGGUCUACUCUUUCAUCGGGCGCUAUUUGAAGUUUCUCCUUUGAGACUUUUAGCUGCUCACACCGUCGUUCGUUGUUCAGUCAAUACUUUCUGUAAAGCCAACAUAUCCGAGACCAUAUGCGACAAGGUUGUUCAACGCCAUUUUGGACCAGGUAUCACCGUGGCCGAAGUCAAUUAUGCAAAUUAUCCACCUGUUCAGUUCACAAUGGCUGACAUUCCUGUUACUGAGAAACUUGAAAAAUUCGUUGAGGAUGUUAAGUAUGGCAUUUAUCCACUAACGGUUUUUGCGCCUGUUCCGGCAGAUGCCUGUGGUCAAAGACCUGUUUCACCGGACACAUCCGUUUCGGUUGCAGCCGAGACACCUGAGCCGGUUGACGUGGAAGCCCGCAGAGUUUCGAAUAUGAUAUGUGAUGUCAAACCAAAAGAUGAUGGUGCCGGUUAUCAAAUGACUUUGUUACUUCGUAUGGAUGACAAAAUGAAUCGCCAGUUGUCCAGCACAAUACUGAAAAGUGACCAGGCCCUAGCUCUUGCUGAGGAAUUGGUUCAUUACGGUUUCAUUAAUGAGGUGGAUCGUGAUUUGGUCGGCGCUUCAAUGAACGAGGCGCUACGAAACUGUCUGGCACGUAACGAAGAUAUCCCUUCAGUCAAUGGUCAGAUGAAUCUCUUGAAUAACUAUGAAGGUAAUUUUAACCAGGUUCUCUCAACUGCGUUACACGCGACUCUAGCGUCGACAGAUUCUCCACCGUGUUCCAGUCCCAUUGUGUCACCUGCUUCUCCUGUUCAUAUAUCCUAGUUGGUUUGCGUGUUAUUUCUUCUUUUUCCGGCGCCACAUUCUCUUAUAUUUUCCUUUUAUGUUGCUGCUAUCUACUACUGUGCGUUAGUCCAUAAAAUAUACUACCUAUUAUACCA